AUGGAAGACAUAGAAAAGCCGUCUAUCACGAUUAAAAACUGGUACGCCGUGGUGGAGUGGUCCUAUAACAUCGACGAGGCCAAUUGCAGCAUAUGCAAAAGCCCCCUCUCCGAGCUAUGCCCCGAAUGUGCCGACCUCCUCACUCCUGUUUGCAGAUCCGUGCGAGGGAGGUGUGGGCACGAGUAUCACACGCACUGUAUUCAGCAGUGGGUCGACAGUAACAAGACAUGUCCAUUAUGCAUGGCCGAUUGGGUUGUUUCGGAGUGCUGA